UGUUGCACGUCCAAACGCACCGAAAAGACGUGUGGCACAUCGGAGAUUCUGAUAACACCGAACCGGAGAGCACCCCCAACCGAUCCAGUCCCGGCCAUUGCACCGGCCGUCGUUGACGACUAACUGCACGCGCCAUCUCAGCGCUUGAACGACUUCAAAGAAUUAUUCGCCCUUUCCCGCUUCGCUCCCGUCUACUUGCCCUCUGAUUUGAGCGUGCAAGACACGCUCAUACGAGGGCUCUUCGUACCCUCUCCCUCGGGUCUUCAAUACGCGUGCAGACCACGCCUCUUCGGUGCACCCAACCGCCUCCUAUCAUUUCCGCAAUUGUUGCCGUACACCGCUAAGAUAAGGAGAGAGAAAGUAGAGAGAGAGAGGGGGAAAAAGGAGGUGAGAGAGAGGAUUCGAUCGUGAAAAGUUCUGGAUUUCGAACUCACUGUUCCUGUGAAAGCUCCUGGAGAGAGAGAGAGAGAGAGAGAUUGGAUCGAGAAGAGGUAUGGAAUACAAGACGCGACUGUUCUUGUAAGUCUUUAGCUUCUCGAUUUGUUUUUUGGAAAACCCUAAUUCUGUCGUCUAUACGGUGAAAUUGGGGUUUUUUUUUGUUCGCUGACGAAUCUCUUUGCGACAAGACCUUGGUUUUAUAUUGAUUGGGUUUUUUGAAGUUUUAAGGCUUGAGAACGAAUUGAAUUAGGGUUUUUGAGGUACAUGUAUGGCUUCGGGGCCUAUAGUGGGGGAAGGCGGUGGAGGAGGAGGUGACGGGGCUAGAGAGAAGCAGAGAUGGGCAGAGAGCAAGGUUUACACACGAAAGGCUUUCAAAGGUCCCAAAAAAAAUAGCACCACCGCCACUGCCACCGCCACCGCCACUGCCUCCACCACCACCGCAACCACCAACAACAACAACAAGUGCAACCACAUCACCGACAAUAACAAUAAAGACAAUAACAACAACAGCACUAAUGUAGCCCAACCGCCUCAAACCCUAAUUUCAGAGGAUGCGAAUUCAUCUCAGCGACUACUCACAGCUCGAUUGGAUGCUGCUUCUGAUGAUUCUUCAAGUCUUAAUCGUGCACAAACUGCAGUUCCUAGCUCUCGGGAUCUGCCAUCUGGGAACGGUGCGGUGAACCAGCAGGGACUUCAGAGGUUAGAUAAUCAAAUUAAGAUUAGUUUGUCAUCAAAGUCAAAGCAGGAAAUGCGGGAGCUUAGGAGGAAGCUUGAGAAUGAGCUCGAUAUGGUUAGAAAUUUAGUGAAGAAAAUUGAAGCUAAAGAGGCGCAGAGUAAUUCUGGGUUUAGUCAUUCACAUAAGCCAGUAGCUGUUAAUGAUGGCGCUGAUAAUGGUGGAGCAAAGAGGGUUCACUCAGAGGUGGCUUCUGUGGGUCCCCUUGAGCCUAGCAGGCCUUUCCAUCAGCUUAAUAUGUCAGUCAUAGAGAAUAGUCAGGGAGUGAGUGAUAAUGUGGAGAAAGAGAAGAGGACGCCAAAGGCAAAUCAGUUCUACAGGAAUUCAGAGUUCCUUCUUGGAAAGGAGAAGUUCCCACCAGCAGAAAGUAACAAGAAGUCGAAAUCAAAUGGAAAGAAGCAUGGAGGGGGUGAAAUGGGAUUUGGGUUUUGGAUGGGCAAGUAUUUCAAGAGUUGCAGUUCUUUGCUAGAGAGAUUGAUGAAGCACAAGCAUGGAUGGGUGUUCAAUAGCCCUGUUGAUGUAGAGGGCCUUGGGCUGCAUGACUAUUUCAGCAUCAUUAAGCAUCCAAUGGAUUUGGGCACUGUGAAAUCUAGGUUGAAUAAGAAUUGGUACAAGUCCCCUAGAGAAUUUGCAGAGGAUGUGAGACUAACAUUUCACAAUGCUAUGACAUAUAACCCGAAAGGUCAAGAUGUUCAUGUAAUGGCAGAGCAGUUAUUAAAGAUAUUUGAGGACAGGUGGGCCAUUAUAGAGACUGAUUAUAAUCGGGAGUUGAGGAUAGCAAUGGAAUAUGAAGUGGGUCUUCCAACACCUACGUCGAGAAAGACUCUUCCUGUGCUCCCCCUGCCUCCGUCGCAUGAAAUGAGAAGGAUCCUGGAUAGAUCAGAAUCAAUGACACACUCCAUUGAUCCCAAACCAAAAUCCAUGAGCUUUGCUCACUCUGGAAGGACCCCAGCUCCCAAGAAGCCAAAGGCAAAGGAUCCCCACAAGAGGGAUAUGACGUAUGAGGAGAAGCAAAAACUCAGCACAAACCUGCAGAAUUUACCUUCAGAAAAGCUUGACAAUAUUGUGCAGAUUAUCAAGAAGAGGAAUUCAGCGCUCUGUCAACAUGAUGACGAAAUUGAAGUGGACAUUGAUAGUGUUGAUGCAGAGACUCUCUGGGAACUUGAUAGGUUUGUAACAAAUUACAGGAAAAGUUUGAGUAAGAACAAGAGAAAAGCUGAACUUGCUGUUCAAGCAAGAGCAGCAGCUGUGCAAAGUGUUCAGGAAACGAACCCCAUCUCUGUUGCUGUAGAGGCUCCAAAAGAAAAUAAAACAGAUGAUAAGAAUGUGCCCCAUUCGUCACCUGUUCAAGCAGGAAAGCAGGCAGAUAACGCGAGUGGGUCAAGUUCAUCAAGCAGCUCUAGCAGUGAUUCUGGAUCCUCUUCAAGUGAUUCUGAAAGUGAAAGUUCCUCGGCUGAUGGAUCUGAUGCAGGGCAUUCACCUAGUACUUAAGGACGUUAGCUUCAGGGACUGUUGAUUGGGUUUUUGUUCUUGCUUGGAAGGUUUCCUUCAGAUAGGACCUUUGAUCCCAUUAUAUGCCUGCCAGGAUCUGACCCUUUUCAUGCUUUAGUCACUGCCCCGAACCCUUUUUAAAUCCAAGGUCCAAUAUUUUAUUUCUUGUAAGAGAAAAAAAGCUUGGUUUUUGCGUUCAUUUAUCUUAUUCUAUUUUAUUUUUUAAAAUGACAUUUUCCCGGAAGAUGCAUCUAAGAACUUCUAGGCACUGAUCCAGGGACAGUAACAGUGAAUUGUUUUUUGUGUUCUUUGUGAUGGUAUUUACCGAGAAGGUUGACUCAAGGUGCAGGUUACUUUUUUGGGUCCUCAGUUCAGUGAGAAAAAUUCUGCGGAAGGAUUAAGCCAGAAUUAUAACACCCCGUGCAUAAGUAUGUGCAUCACCAUGCAUUUAAUUAUAGAUUGCAGUAGUUUGUUUUUUGUUUUUCCAGUGAUAAUGUUUGUGCCUCAAUGGGAUAUUGUAUGGUUGAAGGGGCAGUGUCUCUUGAUUGACUGAAGACAUCGCAUCGAGCUUGGGGUGUGGAUUAUAUGAUGCUUGGUGGUCCGCUGAAGAAAAAUUAGGCCCUCAUCGUUUAAAUAAAAUCAUUCCAAUUAGUGGGUUUUCUGUAGAUGUCCUACGGGUAUUUUAGUGGGAUGAGGAGACUUGAUUGGAGAACUAUGCUGGUCCUUUGGAAGGAUUUCAUCUUUUUAUUUUUCCGAAGGAUGAGGAUUUAAUUUUUUUUCUCAAAAAGAAGAGGUUUGCGACAGGUAUUAAUUAUAUUUUUCUUACUCUUGAGGAUAUGAAUUUUGAUGUAUGAAUACCGAAAACUUAAUAUAGAAUGGUAUUGAAUUUAUAUAUUUUUACUUUUUAAGAUCC